AUGGCUACACAAUUGGUCCCAUUACAGAAUGUGGAGAAGUUGAGCCCUUCCGUUAUUCGAGUGCUUGGAGGGAAUCCAGGAAAGUUUACUUUACAAGGAUCAAAUACUUAUAUUGUUGGUACCGGAACGCAGCGGGUUCUGAUCGAUACCGGAGAAGGGAAGCCUUCUUGGAUUGCCUCCUUGAAGGACAUCCUACAGAAAGAAAAUGCAACGAUCACGAAGGCUAUUAUCACUCACUGGCACCACGACCAUCAGGGUGGCAUCAAGCAUUUGCUAGAGUUCUCGCCAUCUACCAAUAUUUACAAAAACCAGCCAGAUUGCGGACAGCUUGAUAUUAGCGAUGGGCAGCUCUUCCAAGUAGAAGGUGCUUCCUUAAAAGCGGUUUUCUCACCCGGUCAUACUCAAGAUCAUAUGGCAUUGGUUCUCGAGGAAGAGGAUGCCAUGUUCACUGGUGACAACGUACUUGGUCAUGGAACAGCAGUUUUCGAGGACCUUCUAGUAUAUUUGAAGAGUUUGGAGACGAUGAGAGGGAAAUUCAGAGGUCGAGCAUACCCAGGACACGGUCCUGUUCUCGAAGACGGUCCAGGCAAGAUUUUCGAGUACAUCAAGCAUAGACAACUCCGGGAAAACCAAGUGAUCCAGGUUCUGAAGUCCAAGAAGUCUCAUCCAGGCAUUGAAGCACCGAGUGAUUCUGAUAACUGGACGUCGAUGGAGAUCGUCAAAGUCAUAUACAAAGAUGUUCCUGAGAAUCUUCACUUGCCAGCCAAUGGUGGUAUCUUGCAGAUCCUUCGAAAGCUCGAAGAGGAAAAAAAGGUUGUCGAGGAUUCCGUGUCUGGACAAUGGAGUCUAAAAAACCGUGCCACUUUGUGA